AAACCCUCCUUUUUUUCCCCCCUCCUGUGGCGGCGCUCACCUCCUUCCUUUUCCUAGGGUUAUCCUCCUCCGUCUCUGCCCUCUCCAGGGUCUGGGCCAUCUGAUCCUCCCGGAACAGCUCGCUUCUUCGAUCCCGUGGUCUACCUGCAGAUCCGCUGAUGGCGACCGUGGCUCUUCCCACUCCCGCCGACCAAUCUGCAGAUCUUAUGCAAAAGUUAUCUCUGGACUCUACAAUUAAAAAUGACAACGCUUCGGAAGUUACAAAGACUUCAGGAGUUCAGUAUGGUGUAGUCAAUGGCAGGGAACCAAUUGCUCCUAUCCCAGCAUAUGAGCGAUCUCUGACUCCUUUACUUCAAGACCAUAUGGAUGCGAGCAUGUGUUACUUACCAAAUGGAUACAAUUCAUCUUUGUACUAUGGAGGUUAUGAUGGUUCGAUGACAGAGUGGGAGGAUUAUCCUAGAUAUGUUAACCCUGAUGGAGUGGAGUUACCACCACUUGGAGUUUAUGGGGAUAUGUACCAUCACGGGUAUGGUUAUGCUCCAUAUAGUCCGUAUCCUUCUCCUGGUUCCCCAGCUCCAACUAUGGGGCACAAUAAUCAACUAUACACACCCCAACAUUACCAGUUCCCUGCUACAUAUUACCAGCCACUAACACCCACCAGUGCACCAUACACACCAAGCCAAAAUCCUAAUUUGAAAGGAGAUGUUUCUACAGCUACUGCCAUUGAUCUUCCUCCUAUUCCAGUAGAUACAACGAAAGCUAAUUCUAAUGGAACUGCUAAAGCAAGCGCAAAUACCAACAAUGGAAUAACAAAAGCAAAACCAAACCAACAGUAUGCACCAUCAAAUGGCAUGGGCUCGUUUGGUAAAGGCACCUUACCUGGUGCAAAUCCAUCUUCAGGCUACCAGGAUCCAAGAUUUGGUUAUGAUGGCAUGUGGUCGCCUAUUUCAUGGUAUGACAGUUCCAUGUUUCCUGAUGGGCCACAGAGACCAACUUCCACUAACAAUGGUUCUUCAAUGAUUUCUCAUAUUGGAAAUACUACAUCCACAAGAAAUCAGAAUCUCCAUCACCUUCCUCAUCUUACAGGAAUGCAUGCUCCAAGAUCAUCAGCACCUGGGAUAGUGAACAAGAUGUAUUCUAAUAAUAGAAUGUAUGGCCAGAAUGCUAAUGGAUUCAGAGGUAAUCAGAAUUUCCGUUCAAAUAUCUAUGACUCUAGCAUGAAUGGAAGAUGGGUAAUGUCCAUGGAUAACAAGUAUAAGCAUAGAUGCCAGGUCAAUGGUUUCAGUGGCUAUGGUAAUGAGAACUUAGAAGGACUAAGUGAGCUUAAUAAAGGACCGAGGGCAGGUCAUUUCAGAAAUCAGAAGGGAUUUGGGCCUAACUUUUCUGUUGCAGCCAGGGGACAAAGUCUUCCUACAAAUGCCCAGGACUCUUCUGAAGUUCCUGAUAAAGAUCAAUACAACAAGCUGGAUUUCUCUGUAAUGUAUUCAGAUGCCAAGUUUUUUAUUAUAAAAUCUUACAGUGAGGAUGAUAUUCACAAGAGUGUCAAGUACAAUGUUUGGUCUAGCACUCCCCAUGGGAACAAGAAGCUUGAUGGUGCUUAUCAGGAAUCUAAGGAGAAGAUAAAUGAAUGCCCAGUGUUUUUAUUGUUCUCUGUCAACACAAGUGGACAGUUUGUAGGUGUGGCGGAGAUGGUUGGUCCGGUUGAUUUCAGCAAAACAUUAGAUUAUUGGCAGCAGGACAAGUGGAUAGGGUGUUUCCCUGUUAAGUGGCAUAUUGUAAAGGAUGUACCCAAUAGCAUUCUAAAGCACAUUACUUUGGAAAACAAUGACAACAAACCAGUGACAAACAGUAGGGACACUCAGGAGGUGAAGCUCGAACAAGGACUUCAACUACUCAAGCUCUUCACGGAACAUGUGAGCAAGACAUCAAUUCUUGAUGAUUUUGUUUUUUAUGAGACCCGACAGAAGGUGAUGCUAGAAAAGAGACCAAAGCAACAGCAGUUACAGAAGGUUGUGGAUGGAAAACCAGUCAUUUUUGACGAAAAAGAUAAGGACUCGGCCAAUGGGAAGCCUGUGCUGCAGAAGCCCUUGGAAGUAGUUUCAAUUUUGAAGAAAGAAUCUUCACAAAAUGCACUUGCAGAAUUCACUUUAUCAGAAAAAAAUGGUAUGCCUGUUGUAGCUGGCGUUGCUCCAAAGGAUGCUAAACCAGUGACUGAGAAGCGUGCUGUGGCUAACGGUAUAGCUAAUGGGUACUAAGUUAAUCUGCCAAACCUCCCGCACCUUCAACUAUGGUGUUAAGACUUGAUCAAAAAACUGGGGCACCAGGCGGUGGGCGUGUAUGCUUUAGGUCUAUGUCGGCCACUGCAUUGUAGAAAAGCUGUAGUUUAUCUUAUUCCAUCUUAAUAUUUGAUAUGGAGUUUGUUUUCUAAGCUGUCCCUUAGGUAGUUUAUUGGGGGGUUAAGUUUCAUAGUAUUAGAGGCAAUAGACCUGUUUUCUCUGCUCUUAAUAGUGUGUAUUUUCUGCUGCGUAUUUCUUUUGCAAGGACCUCUUUGGUUAAAUGUUGCUUAUGGGCGCUGUUUUCUCAUCUCAUCUUUGUAGCUCUUUGGCCUGCAGAUUAAUCUGAAUAAAUCUUUCCUUUUGGUUA